CAUGUACAAAAGUCUUUCUCUCUCAACAAAGUCUUUCUCUCUCCUCCCCCACAAGGAAACGAGUUCCAUUCCAAGUCAAAUUCCGAAUAUCUGUAGGAAUCUUUCGACAUCAGCUACUACUAAAUUCAACUACAAAAGCUCCACACGCAUCACAUGCUUGCGAAUGUGGGAACAAGUUCGAAAAAAAAAUGGACACCCACAAGCUUCUUCUUCCCAACAUCUUCUUGUUCACAUUGGUGGUGGUUGUUGUUUUGGGCUCCAAUUCAGUUUCAGGCCAUACUAAAACCGGUAACGAAAUCGGCGAGCAGGCGCUUUCGCAAAUCGCAAUCGAAAAAGCCGUUUACGCGCUCCAUGAGUCGGCCUCCGUUAGUGUUCACCCUCGUGUUCUUGGCUUGGAGGGUGAGGAUACUCAAUGGGUUACGGUGGAUUUGGAGUACUCGGAACCAUCGGAGAAUGAUUGGGUUGGUGUCUUUUCGCCAGCGACGUUCAACUCAUCAAACUGUUACGAUGCUAAUGAUUCAGAAGAACAAACUCCGGAUUUAUGCUCGGCCCCCAUAAAGUACAAAUAUGUGAAUUCCUCCAACUCUCGGUAUACAAAUACGGGCAAAGCUUCGCUAAAGUUCCAGUUGAUCAAUCAGCGGGCAGACUUCUCCUUUGCAUUAUUUACAGGCGGCUUGUCGAAUCCAAAAUUGGUGGCAGUUUCAGAGAACAUAACGUUUGCAAAUCCUAAAGUGCCCCUUUAUCCACGCCUUGCCCUAGGGAAGUCUUGGGAUGAAAUGACAGUAACCUGGACAAGUGGCUAUAAUAUAGAUGAAGCCAUCCCUUUUGUUGAGUGGGGUUUUAAAGGGGAUCUUCAAAGGCCCUCACCAGCAGGCACAUUGACAUUUCACCGGAACAGCAUGUGUGGCUCACCUGCACGGACAGUUGGCUGGCGGGAUCCUGGUUUCAUCCACACCAGUUUCUUAAAAGACCUGUGGCCAAACACCAUGUACACUUACAGGAUGGGUCAUCUAUUAUCCUCUGGUUCGUACGUCUGGAGCAAGACGUAUUCAUUCAAAUCGUCCCCAUAUCCUGGCCAAGACUCAUUGCAGCGUGUUAUAAUAUUUGGUGACAUGGGGAAGGCGGAGCGUGAUGGAUCGAAUGAGUAUAGUAAUUAUCAACCAGGUUCGCUUAACACUACAGACCAACUCAUCAAGGACCUAGAGAACAUUGACAUAGUUUUCCACAUAGGAGAUAUGACGUACUCCAAUGGAUACAUCUCACAGUGGGACCAAUUCACAUCACAGGUGGAACCCAUUGCAUCAACUGUACCAUAUAUGGUUGCAAGUGGAAAUCAUGAGCGUGAUUGGCCAAACACAGGUUCCUUCUAUGACACUAAAGACUCAGGUGGCGAAUGUGGCGUGCUAGCUGAGACCAUGUUCUAUGUUCCUGCAGAGAACAGAGCUAAGUUUUGGUACCCAACUGAUUAUGGCAUGUUCCACUUCUGCAUAGCAGACACUGAGCACGACUGGAGGGAAGGUUCUGAACAGUACAAGUUCAUCGAGAGUUGCCUCGCAUCAGCAGAUAGGCAAAAACAGCCAUGGUUGAUCUUCGCUGCUCACCGUGUUCUUGGCUAUUCUUCUGGCUUGUAUUACGGCUUGGAGGGUUCGUUUGAAGAGCCCAUGGGAAGGGAAAGCUUGCAGAAGCUCUGGCAGAAGUACAAGGUGGAUAUGGCAUUUUACGGUCACGUUCACAACUAUGAAAGAACUUGCCCCAUUUAUCAGAACCAAUGUGUGAACUCAGGAAAAUCGCACUACUCGGGCACCGUGAACGGAACUAUCCACGUUGUUGUCGGUGGAGCAGGAAGCCACUUGUCAGGGUUCAGCCAAGUAACUCCCAGUUGGAGCCUCUACAAAGAUUAUGACUUUGGAUUUGUAAAAUUGACAGCAUUUAACCACUCGUCUCUUCUGUUCGAGUACAAGAAGAGCGGAGAUGGGAAGGUCUACGAUUCGUUCACCAUCUCAAGGGACUACCGAGAUGUUUUAGCCUGCGUACACGAUGGCUGUGAAGCUACUACUUUAGCCUCUUGAACGCAAUUUUCGGUAUCUGUUGAAGGAACCCAUUGGGUGAUGUACUGUUAGAUUAUUGUCAAAUACUAUUAAAUUAAAACCGCUGCCCAGGAAAAAUCAAUUGAAUCCAUAAAUAUGUACAUGGGUAUGUUAUCCUGCUUUGGUUCCUUGUAUACUUGUAAAUGCGAAGAACUUGAUCAUCGCAUGGGAACAAUUUUGAUUCCAUCAGCAGCAAAUCAUUGCAUUAUCUGCUGAAA